UUCUGUUUGGAAAAAUAAAACUACUACUACAUAGCAUAUUUACAAAAUACAAAGUGAUUUUUAAUAACUUAUUAUAUAUUUGAAAGUGUUUUCAAAAUAACAUGUACAUAUUCAGUUAACUGUACAUAUUUAUAUUAAGCUAUACUUCAUUUAUUCAGCACCCGCAAAAAAAACAUUAUCAAAAAUGGCUAGAACUGGAAAAACAGCCCAAGAAUUUAUUCAGAGUUCGUUUUCGCCUAUAGUUGCAGUACUAUGCAGUCAAAAGGUUGAAAAUAUUGUGUCGAAAAAUAAUGUAACGUUUCCUGAAUUAUUACAACCAUUUUGCAAUUUGGAUUGGGAAGGUCAGUUCCGUGAACCUGGUGGCAAUACUUGUGUCAUAAAAAAUAUGAAGCUAAUUGUGAGAGAUGUGAACUGGAAACCCCUACAGCCUACUGAGGCUAGAAGACAGCUCAAUAAUGCUGUUCUUUAUAAUUACAAUGACAAAACUAUAUCUGUUGAAUUAGCUGGUCGAAGUUUUUUAAUACCCCAAUCAACACAUUGGUUUGAUGCUUGGAGGGAAACAUACCUAGAUGUGCAAUUUCCAUCUGACCAUGAAUUCACAAAACAUUUCCUGUCAUGUAUUAUUGUGGGAACAACUGAUGACGAAAAUGUUGUGGACACUUUCAAUGGCCUGAAUCAACAAUAUGCCCAACUACAGAAUGUAAUGCCACCAAAAUUGCCUAAAUGGUUCAACAAUUGUAUUCUGAAAACAUAUUUACUACUUCAUGAUGUAUCUGUUGUUUCAAAAGAAAGGGCUGAUGCUGUGUUUGACACGUUGAAACAUGCUUUUGGACCUAAUAGUUGUUUUAUGCUUCCCAUUAAUUCUAAAAGUACGUCAGAUGCUAAUGUACCUGCAGAUUUAUGGAGCCAGUAUAUUAAGAGAUCUCCAGAUUCCACCAGUGACGUAGCUUCUAUCUUCUCGAAUUUAGCAACAACGCCAGCAGAACAAGCCCCUAUAUUUCCAUCUCAAAACAUUAUUGAAAGAGGUGAAGACACAUUAACAGGGUCAGUACAAGAGAGUGUGCACCCACUGACAAGCCCAGAAACAGAUGUUUAUGACAAUGCCAACAGUUUGCAGACCCAUUCGUUUUCUGGCAGUGUAGAGAGUGUUAGCGUCAGCGCAAAAGGAAUUGAUUUGUCUACUGAAGUUCAUGGGGCUGCUUUAAACAACAACGAUAUAGAGGCCAUCAAAAAAUUCCUUCAAGAAUAUGCAUCAAAAGCCUUGCUGCCGUACAUAGAAAAGCAAAUCUCCCAGCUAUCUGAAUCAGUAGCCAACAGAAAAGGAGUAAGUAGAUCGCUUCUCUCUGCUACAAAAAGAUGGUUCGGCACUGGUAAAGGUGGAAAUGCUACCGGAAAUAGUGCAGUUGUAUACACAAAUGACUGUCCCGAACUACAGUUACGACGUUUGGGCGAUCUUUGGUUUUUGUGCGGGCAAUGGCAGCGGGCUUUCGAUACCUACCACACUGCCAAAAGAGAGUUCUAUGCGGACAGCGCGUGGCUCUGUUACGCGGGUGCGCUCGAAAUGGCCGCAAUAAGUGCUUUUAUGGCUGGUGAUUCCAAUCGUAAAACUCAUGGAUAUUUAGAAGAAAGCAUCGUUACAUAUCUUAAUACUUGCAGAAUGGUACAGUAUGCUGUUCGAGCGACGUUGCUGUCGGUGAUUUGUUUGACUAGCAGCGGACUUCACGGUGAAGCCGCUAAACAAUUGAUACGCAUGACAUCAGAGGACAGCGACCUUCGUAGUGCUAUGCUUUUGGAACAAGCUGCACUUUGUUUCCUGUCGGGACCAGGCACGAAAGCCAUGUGUAGAAAAUACGCUUUUCAUAUGGUUUUGGCUGGGCACAGGUUUUCGAAAGCGGGCCAAAAGAAGCACGCCUAUCGAUGUUACAAACAAGCUCACCAGGUGUACAGCGGAAGCGGAUGGCGGCUAGCGACGGACCAUGUCCAGUUCGCGCUGGGCCGGCUCGCGGGCGCGCUGCGUCGGGCGCACGACGCCGUGCAGUGGCUGGCCGCGCCGCUCGCGCCUCACCCCCCGCAACCGCCUGCCCAGCAAGAAGCCUUCUUGAGAGAGUACAUGCAUGCACAUCAGCAAUGGCAAGAGAGUAGCGAGGAGCGUCGGAGCAGGCUGGAGAAGUUGCCGCUGCCGGUGGCGGAGGUGAGCAUGACGCGCGUGGCGUGCGCAGGCCCGGCGCCGCUGUCGUCGCCGCGGCGCUGCGGCGCGACGUCGCUGUCCGUGCAGGCGCCGCGCCGCGACCCGCACGAGGAGCGCGUCUGGCGCACGCUGGAGGAGAUGCUGGUGCAGGUAGCGCGCGGCGCCGUGCCUAUGAUAUUCAAGCCGACACUUGACCUUUACGAUGACACCACGGACUGUCAUCCGCUCGUGCCCCAAGGAGAACCGAUCCAGAUAUCUGUUACCUUAUGGAAUCCCUUGAAGAUAUCACUUAUACUGAAAGACGUGGAGUUGCUAUGGCGUUUUACACCGCUUAACGAGUCUGGUGACAGCGAUGACAAUAAUAGUAUCUACAAUGAAAUCGCUUUAGCACAAGGAGUGGAAGUAGCAAGUAACGUGAUAGUUGGACAAAAACUACCUUCAGUCGUUUUGGAAGGGGAUAGUAAAAAAUCAUUAAUAUUCUCCUUAACUCCUAUGAAAGUUGGACAAGUUUACAUUCAAGGAUUAGCGUACAAAUUAAUAAACGCUGGAGAAGGCGCCUCUGAAAACAGUACUGGUGUUUCAAUACAAGGGAAAGUAGAUUUAAUGUCUGGAGUAAAAAGUAUGGACAAGCGAUUGGAAAUUACUGUCAUACCAGAAGCGCCGUGUUUGCAGAUGACCUUCUCGGAGACUAAUCCAGAUAUAAUAAGUGGCGAAAUAAGAACUGUAGACGUGGAACUGACCAAUGUCGGACCCGUCGACAUGAAGAACGUUUUCAUCGCGGUCUCGCAUCCCGAAUGUGUCAGUGUGGUCACGCCGGAUAAUGUCGUUGAUGAUUUUAAAAUUUUGUACGAUGAAAAGUUUCGAGAAAUUACACCAAAUUCAGAGGAGCGCGGCAGGGGCGCGGAGGCGUGGCGGCGGGCGGCGGCGCGGCACGUGCGGGCGGCGCGCUGCGGGCCGGCCGUGCUGCUGCUGCGCCCGCACUGCGCCGCCGCGCGCCUGCACCUGCUCGCCUACUACGAGACCGGACUCGAGCGCCGCCCCUACAGACUGCUCAGACACGUCUUCCGAUUCAAUGUAGUGGACGCUGUUGAUAUCACUAUAAACCCGAGACGAAGCCUUAAAACCGUUAACGAAAGCGUUGCCGAGAUUGUCAACUUAUCUGUGGAAGUAUCAAAUAUUUCCGAAAAUAAAAGUGACCAAAUAAAUAUUGAGCUUUUGGAAGCGGCGUUUUUAAGUCGACAAUGGAAAAUAACAAAUCUUAUCGCCGCCCGAGACAAGAAUGACAUUUUGGCGCCCCGCGAAAAACUUCAUCUUGUAUUUAAGGGUCACAGAAUUCUCAAAGCGGUACCCGAGGGACGAAUUGAAACUUCUUGUGUUAAAAUUUCCGAAGGACAUCCGGACUCUAUUGCUGAUAUUACAUCGCCGCCAUAUUCUAAAUUUAUGAUUGACAAAAAAUCUUCAUUCAUCGAUUCAGCAGACAACACAUUCAACCAAGACAUAGAAAAGAGGUCUGGUUUACUCCAGUCUAUGUUCGUUCUUCGAUGGAAAGCACAAGAUGAAACGACAGGGCGAUCUGCAGUCGGCCAACAUUGUUUAUGGUUGGAUUGUUUCAACAAGGUGCAAUACGGGGAAAAAGUAUUAGUUACUGACAACAAUCCUCCCUUACCCCUCGAUGAAAACGAAAGUAAGCUUGACGUUACUGAAAAUAAAAAAAAUAUUAAAAAAGACAACGUUGUAAUGUUCAAGAUGGAGCAUUCGAAACAGAUAAAUCACGAUUUCAACGAAAGAAGACUUUGUAUUAUUCCAGUCACAUUGAGCAUUGUUAACUGUUAUGGAGUCCCUGUAAGGGUGUUUAUAAACAUGAGCAAACAGAAGAACAGGGAAACGUCUGGAAGGGAGCUCGGGUGGACAGGGGCGCUGCACAACGGACCCGACGCGGACUCUAAAGAAAUAGGCGUCAGUAUUCAUCUCGAGAAAUUCGAAACGCGCCGCGUUCAAGUGCAGGGCGUCUGCGCGGCUCCCGGCACCUACCUCGUCGGAUCGGCAUUCACUGUUACGACACAAGGAACAGAACCGCACAUGAAUGUAACGGAUGUCUCGAACAACACGUCCUUAUUGGUUUUACAGCAAGCGUAAUCGUUUAUCAUCAAAAAUGAUAUCAUAUAAAAAUGAAAAACCUACGGCAGUAUGUAUACAUUUAACACUAUUUAAAAGAACUACCGUCAUGCAAACAAAGUAAAAACGACUUUAAAAAUAUUUAGGAUGAUCAAUUCAAACUAAAUAAUUUUAACCUCUGGAAGUUCGGUAAAAAUAACAAGUAAAGGAACUCUUAUUUAUUUUAACAUAAUACUUAUGAUUAUCUAUAUAUGUAUUCUGUGUUGAGUAUUUCAUAACGGCGAUGGUAUCCUUGUACUAUUGGAAUCAUUGUUUUAAACGUAUUUUGACAGUUGAUACUACCAAACAAGCCCUAACACAUUCUGACAUAGUGUCGUAGUAGUCGCUAGGCCGAGGGUCGUGAGUUAAACUGCCCCUCAUCAGAUUAAUCUGUUGUUCAAUAGGUACCUACAUUUUUAUACGUUUAAAUGUAUAAAAGUAUGAAUAUGAAUCUCUGGUUCCGGUAAUACAAAGAUUCCUAGUUUCUCUCUCGUCUAAAAUCCCCAAUUAUUAAUAUUAUUAUUAUAAUUUGCAACUUUUAUUACUGGGAGCACGUAAAUUUGAUGUAAUAGGCACUUUAGUUUGUUGCCGCAGGCUCGGAAUUUGUUUUAACGAAACCAAAUUUUAACACGAAAAGAUUGAACAGAAAAGUAUAACCAUAUUUUCAGAAUCAAUGCACCCAUAGACAAAUCAUUGUUUUUUAUUGUGGGUAGUACAGGUCAAAAUUAAAUGUCGUACUUAUUAGGUUAAAAUACUGAUAUUAAUGCAUUAAGUGCUGGUUUUAUUUAACCUAUGUUUAUUUUAUAUUAAUUUAUAUUACAGUUACAUAAUAAAUAUGAAAAAAUAUAUGGGAAUAAUGUAUAACAAAUGAAACCGUCGGCGUAAGAAUAGCUUAUGCUCGGAAAGUUAGACAGUGACAUUUCUCUAUUUUCUGAAAGUAAUUUAUAGGGACAAUAUUGAGACUUGAUUAAUUUUUCCCGUAAUUCAUUCUAAAUCGCAGACUAGCCUAUAUAUUUAAUUUUAAGGUAAUACAGAACACCAAUUCGGUUAUUGAAGUGCUAGUUCUUAUAAAUUAUUCUUAUUUAUGUGGCGAUAACAAUUUUCAUAUUACAUAAAUUCGUUUUUGCUAAAAACAAUCCUAAAACCGAAACAGGCAGACUAGUGCAUGGCCUGUCAUUACCAGAACAUUAUUAUAUAUUAAAGUGAAAUAUUAAAGUGAAUGUAGCCACUUCAAUAACAACUGGAAAUCUCGAUUGUAAUGUGAUUGAAAGCUAUACUUGUCUAUCCUUCAAAUUGAUAAUAUGUAUCAAUUCGCAGCAGACGGCACGUUGGUGUUAGACGGUGGUAUCUAUCUACACGUUAGGCCUAAAACACACUUUGCACAAUACGUAGAUCAUUUAAACUACUAUCAAAGUGAACAAUAAUUAUAACCGAUUUAAUCAUAGUGGAACCAAAUGUAACCCAGUCUCAAAAGUCACUUCUUGAAGCAAAAGUUUCAUAAUUAACACUUAAAAUAUUAUUUAACAUCAUCAUUAUUGACAUCAAGGGGCGGUGGGACAUCAGUCAUUGUGAUACUCGGAUCUCUCGUGACGACUCCAGAACGAUGUGUCCAAAUCCGGCAUAAACUGGGACACUCCUCUUGGACAAAUAUUCUUAACAUUGUCGGGGCAGUGAUCUUUUGCUGCCUAAGAGUCAUACAAUAUGUAAAAAGGGAUUCGUUCCUCUACCAUAUCUCCAGUCAAUUGUAGUUGCGGAGCUUCUGCAUGUACCUUUCCAACUUAUAGCUUACGGCCUGGCCACGGGGAUCGGCGGUGCGAACAGCGAAGCGGUGGGCGAGGCGACCAUUCGCGCAGCACCGUUUGCAGGCCACGGGUACUCACGUUCGCCGCCGCGACUAGUAAGGAAGUCCGACAGCGAAAUGUCUAUAUCGAAAUUAUCUCGAUAUUGCUUACAAAUUAAUAGUUUUUUGGUUCAGGACCUAUUAUUUGGAAAAGAUUGUGAAGUACAUGAUUUGAAUAAGAAUCGGAGUAUACCUAUACUUAGAUGGAGAAUUCCACAAGAAGUACGAGAAAUACUUUGGAUGGCUAGACUUCCAAAUAGCUGGUCUAGCUAGUAUUUCAGCUAUUUUAUUUUUUUAUUGCUUAGAUGGGUGGACGAGCUCACAGCCCACCUUGUGUUAAGUGGUUACUGGAGCCCAUAGACUUCCACAACGUAAAUGCGCCACCCACCUUGAGAUAUAAGUUCUAAGGUCUCAAGUAUAGUUAUAAUGGCUGCCUCACCCUUCAAACCGAAACGCAUUACUACUUCACGGCAGAAAUAGGCAGGGUGGUAGUACCCACCCGUGUAGACUCACAAGAGGUCCUACCACCAGUAAUUACGCAAAUUAUUAUUUUGAAGAUUUCAUUUUUAUCACACGAUGUUAUUCCUUCACCGUGGAAAUCAAUCGUGAACGUUGAGUGUUGUUGAGUACGUAUUUCAUUACAAAAAUUGGUACCCGCCUGAUAUUCGAACACCGGUGCAUCGCUCAACACGAUUGCACCGGACGUCCGUUAGGCCACGACGACUUUAAAAAUAUAAAAUAAAAAAUAAAUAAAAAAUAUAAAAAUUUCGGCGUUAAUUUUUCGCGGCGAAAACAACUAAACUCAUUUAAUCACUGCACUAUUCGCCGCGACUACCGCUCGACUCCGUGGCUCGCGCCGUCCGUAUUCAUGCAUUUGUUUUGCUCGCCCGCCGCAUCGCGCGAUUCGCUCGGUACAUUUCGCCGGUCGCUUCGCCGGUCGCCGGUGCGCGUGGCUUGUUAGGUACAUUUCUAUGCGCUUGUUUUAGUCGCUAGACGCUUCGCCGUUCGCACCGCGCGAAUAUUCGCAUCGGCGAAUGUCCCGUGGCCAUUCGCCGUUCGCACCGCGCGAAUAUUCGCAUCGGCGAAUGUCCCGUGGCCAGGCUGUUAGGGUCCUUGUUAGAAUUCUUAGACUUAAGCGAAGCGAAUUAGGAUCAUUUUGGGUGUACCGGUUAUCGUAUCCUUUAAGCAGGACGCCUACAUGUAGUUUUCCUGGUGUUCUUAGCUGUAGCGUUCUGCUUGCGAUAGAAACCCAGUAUUUUAAUGCAGCUCAUUGUUUAUUCUUCACUAGUGACCCGCCCUCGCUUCGCUUCGGAAACAUUAAAUUUUAUUAUUGAUAGCUGAGUCCCGCGAUGUUAUGUUCCGUCGUACCGCGGGUGACGCCGCGGGGCGAAGCUAGUCUAAAAAAAGUAAAGCCUAAGUUGCUCCUCAUAUCAUCAGCUACCUAUCAGUGAAAGUCCCGUCAAAAUCGGUCCAGCCGUUCCAGAGAUUAGCCGGAACAAACAGACAGACAGGCAGACAAAAAUUGUAAAAAUGCUAUUUUGGUGUAUGUAUCGUAUAUAUAUUAAUAUGCAAGUAGUAAAACAGUUAUUUCAAUAUUACAAACAGACACUCCAAUUUUAUUUAUAUGUAUAGAUUAACCACCCCAGAAGCUUUCCAAUUCGUUUAACUAAUGUUCAAUUAACAAGGUCAGCUCAUUAUUGCUGUCCUUGAUUGCUUGCUUAGAUUUUCAUCAGAUUAUAUUCGAUAGUUGAUAAGUUUAUGUAUGUAUGUAUGUAUGUAAUAUAUUUAUUCAUAAGAAGUUACACUUACAUUCAAAACAUGCCCCGCAAAACUGCUUAUGCAGUUUGACUGCAGUUAGACUGAGAUAGAGGAACCUGCAUAUUUCACUAACUAUAAACAAAAUAAUAAAAUUAAUUUAGGACACGUUAUCAUUGGUUAAAUCUAUCUAAGGAUACCUUGGGCUUAUUUAUGUGCGUUCGAUAUUUUAUGACCGGUUAGAUGUAUACGAAUGUUUUGAGUUUGAAUGUACUAUUUAUUACGUAGCGGUUCAUAUCGAAGGUGAAAGGCUAUUUGGUUUAAGCGACAUUUUGUAAUUAAAGGUCCGUUUUAUUUGGUAUUAGUAUGAAAGUUUUUAAUUGAACUUCAAUUAUAUUAUUAUAUAACCUGUUCAAAUAGCUGAAGAAGUUUUUUGUCAUGAUAUUUUUUCCAAAUUUUAAACUUUAAAUGGGUCUUCUGUAAAGUCGCAAAAAUGUCGCUUGAACCAAAUAGUCUUUUACCCCUCGGUACAAUGCACAAAACUUUUUAUAUUUAUUGCCAGUUCAUUAAAUACACCAACUUUCUAAAUUACAUUUAUUCCGUGAUAGUAGCCUGAUGAAAUGAGCUAUGACGCAGGAGAGAGCCACAUAUAUAAAUUAAACCCUCGUAGGGUUAAUUUUUACCAUUUGGCAUGGAACCUAAAUAACAUAAAAUGUUUUAUUCGUGCAAUAUAUAACAACAUUAUUUUCAGUUUAUAGUUAUUGUUAUUGGAUAUAAUAAAAUUUUAUUCACCAAA